GUAUAUAAUUCCAGAACUUACAAGCAAAUUGUUGUAACAUAUCAGAAGUACCAUCAAAAGUCAAAACUGGUCUUGAUGAAGAGACUAGUCUCCAAAUAGAUCCAGCUUGAGUCUAAACAGAGAAGAAAGAAGGAGAAACAAUCUAUCUUUACACUUCCUUAUAUGACUACAGUUAAUCCUAAUAUUUCAUGGAGAAAGAAAAUCACACUACAGUGAUGAAUUUUAUCCUUUUGGGAUUCACAGCCAAUCCAAACCUGCAACUGAUUCUGUUUGUAAUAUUUAUAUUAAUAUAUAUAGCUAGCCUCACAGGGAACAUCACACUAAUGGCACUUAUCUGUAGCAGCCCCAAUCUCCAUUCACCUAUGUAUUUUUUCAUUGGAAACUUAUCUUUCCUGGAUCUCUGGUAUUCCUCUGUCUAUUCCCCUAAGAUCCUGGGAAAUAGCAUCUCUGAAGACAAGCGCAUUUCGUUUGGAGGUUGUGCUACUCAGUUCUUCUUCUCUGCUGGUCUUGCCUACAGUGAAUGCUAUCUUCUUGCAGCCAUGGCCUAUGACCGAUACAUGGCCAUUACAAACCCACUGCUGUAUGCCACUCAUAUGUCCAGAAAGUUAUGCACAGGACUGGUGACACUCUCAUAUCUCAGUGGUUUCAUCAAUGCUACAAUAAUAACUAUCAAAACCUUCACUUUGAGCUUUUGUAAUGGAAACAUAAUUGAUGACUUCUUCUGUGAUCUACCUCCAUUAGUCAAACUUUCUUGUAAUGUGCCUGAGAGCUACCAAUCAGUGCUGUUCUUCAUUCUUGUCUCUAAUGUAAUUAUACCCCUGGCACUUAUUCUUGCCUCAUAUGUCCUCAUCCUGGCAGCCAUCUUGAAGAUACGUUCUACUGAAGGGAGACUGAAGGCCUUCUCAACUUGUGCCUCUCACUUAACAGCUGUCACUUUGUAUUAUGGCUCCAUCCUCUUCAUCUACUCACGCCCAAGUUCCAGCUAUGCUUUGAAGAGAGACAAAGUUGUAUCUGUCUUCUAUACGGUUGUGAUCCCAAUGAUAAAUCCUCUCAUCUAUAGUCUCAGGAAUGAGGAAGUAAAGAAAGCUCUGAAAAAGAAAGCAAUGAAGUGGAAGAUAUCUUAAGUAAAUAUGAAUGAAAAACAUAUGCUUGUACUUUAUUGCCCUGAAAAUAUUAGUAUAGUUUAUGCUGCAUUAACGUAUAGAUUUAUACUCAGGAAAAAAAAUUACAACAUUUUCCUGUAGGAUUUAUUCCUUCUACAUUAAUUGCCUUUUCUUUUAUUUUCUUUUUUUCUUUUCAUUUUUCUGUUUUUCUUUUCUUUUUCAAAUAAGCUGUUCUUGCAUAGAACAAUCCUAUACAUUAAAUAUCCUUUAGCUAGCCUGGAUAAUCUUAACAUUAUUCAGAGAGCUCUGACUUAUCUAAUGUCUUACUGCAUAGUCCAAGUAUGGCAAAAGAAUUGUUUCCAUCUAAUUACAACCCCAACUCUUUUUCAGCACCAGUGUUAACACAACAUGGUACUUCAACAGUAGAUUAAGGGGGCAGGAACACAUUGGAUUUAUAUCUUCUCCUGCGUCAAUUCUCUUCCCCAUUCCCAGCUUGCCUCUUUUUAUUAUUUUCUGAGUAGGGAAUCAACAGACUCAGAAGCUCUUAGAGAGAGUAUCUAAUUUCCUGACCAUCACUCCAUUUUCAAACUCAGGACAUACACACACAUUAUUAUAAUCCUUUUCCCUUCUGCAGUUGUAUAGUUCACUGAUCUUUUAAUUCAGUUUUGGGGACCAGAAAAACACAAGACGGUUAAAUGAUUUAUAAAUGAAGCCUACAUUAAAUAAUUUUGAAUAGAUUUAGUUAAAAAGCUGGUGAAUUGAUGUCAGCUAUGUGAAAAGUGGAGCUGAUAUUUCGAGCCAUAAAUAGGCAAGCUCUGUCAAUCCUCACUUUGGGUCUGUGUGCUCUGUGUCUCUUCAUUGAAAUUCCACUCUGGUCACUCAGAUUUGCACAUGAGGGUUAGUAGCAAAGUCAUGGACCAAUCACAAAGUAUUUCUUACCCAUUUCAUAUUUUUGCUUAUAACUCUGGUUACCAGAGUAAAAUUUAAUUAUUAUUAUAGAAAUGUAUCCAUACUUGUCUUUUAUUUCAGCUAAUAUACUUUUGCAACAGGAUAGGAAUAUAAAUUCAA